AUGCAAAUUAAGAUUUACCACUCGGGGGUGCUGUUGUUGUUAACUAUCAAGUGCAAUGGAAUGGAAGACUUGCCCCACGAUUACCAGUCAUUCUUUGGAUUGGAAGUCCCGCCACCAGAUUACAUGGAUCAUUUCAUGUCAUCACUUUCUUCAGAAAGUGGCCAUGCUUAUCCCAACCCGACUUCUCCCACUCGCAGAGCAUUUGAAAACCAAUUUUCCCCUGAAGAUCUUGCAGAACUUCCAUAUCUCCAUUCCGACUUCCCAGUGGUCUCUCAGGGCCAAAGGACUGCUGGCCUUGCGCCAUCUAUCCAGCAUGGAGAGAACCAACUAAGCAGUUACCUAGCCAAUGAAAGCCAAUUUGUACCAUGUGGCCAGUUCAACUCCUUGGCAAGGGCAUCCACAAGCCCCCCGGAAACUAUUAAUACGCAGAUUCCAUCCGAAUCGGGGAUAUCAAAGAACGGACCAGAUUUUUGUGGUGAUGGCCAGCGGAAAAGCCCAACUUUGGCUGCCAGGUGCAAAUCGUUUAAGAAGACUGCUUCCCCAAGACCCAUGACUGCCUAUUCUGAGCUUCAAGAUAGGUUUCGCCAUCCAGCCGAAACGCCUUCCGGAGAGUUGAUGCUCACUGCAAGGCCAUCUAACCUUUCACCUUCAGCUAGUGUGUAUCCAAAACAUGAAAAGACAAUAUGGCUUGGUGAGAUCAGAGACGCGCCAGGUAAUUCAAAAGUUUCAAUAGUUUCUUGGUCCACAUCCUCAUACGACGAUCGUUGCGCUAUACAAUUACCAUACAAAAUGGUAAACACUGAUAAUUGUCUUGUUGGUGAAUGGCCAAUCGAGAAGAACUGGAAAUGGGAAAGAUUGUGUUUUGAUAGUACGGCCUUCACAAAUCAUCGAUCAGCUGAUCCUGGCUUAUACCCGAAAAUUCUAAAGCUGAUUGGAAAACUUUCAAAACAAGGGCCUGCAUGUGAUGAACUGGUGAUGACAAAAUAUCAGUUCAUCCAAUACCACACGGAUCUUAAUUUUCUCGCCCUUAGGGAAAGUCGACGCCGGCAUGAUCGGGACGAUCGAAUCAAGGAAGAUGGAUCAAAGCAGCUCGUAGACAAUCCGAGAAGUCCUGCAAUGAAUAAAACAUGGCAAAGAGUAACGUUAGCGCAGAAUUUUCUGAUGCUGGAAUCCCAGCGUUGGAUCUCCCAUUGGAGCCGGAGAUUGCACUGGAAUGGCGAGGACCUGAUUGAGAAAUUUGAGCUGGUCAAACCGCACAAACUGAAGAAGGCAGUCUCGACUUUCCUCUUUUACGUCGAGAUGGUCGAGACUAUCCUGCCCAGACCAGCAACAGAAAGAAGACAGUCCAAGGCCCGGAACGAAUUGGCAGAAGCGGUGGCAGUCUUAGAAGCCCUCUUCAAUCCAUGCAAAGCGCACGAAAAUUUGGAGAAGCGGGGGUAUAUCUGCGAUAAGAUUGCCCUUAAACAAAGUUCAAAUGAUGCUGUUUCAGUUAUGUGGGCUAUGAUACAUGUUUGGGUGUGCAUGUUUAGGACGGACUUGGUUGAUGUUCUCUUCAACGAAAGGCAGGAAAUUUCUCAUUCGGCCAAGUCAUUCUUCAACACGCUUUUCUUCUGCUCCAUCAAAGUGCUUACCAGUAGACUCAAAAGAGAUCAAAGCUGA